GGGGAGGGAAGGGCCUGGUCUCCUGUCCUUAUCCUGGAAGUCUGAACCCUGUGGGGACAGAAGGAGGAGGAAACCAGAAGAGACUGUGCGGUUAUCCAAGGCCCCAGAGCCGGCAGGCGGAGCCCUUCCCAUGGCCCAGCUCCUGCCCCAGCCCCCGUGGCCGUCCCCGGCUGAGGGUGGUGUCCAGGACCCUUCAGUACCCGCAGCCGAGUGGCAGAAUCAGCAGCCACAAGGUGGCAGAGCGGAGGGCCUGUCCCCUGAGCCCUGGAGGAUCCUGGAGGUGCCCUCCAUUUGCAUAACACCAUCCAGUGAUGGAGAGUCACCCCCUUGCACCCCGAGCCCCCAGCGCCUACGACUGCCGAGGACCCCAGACCUGGAGAAUCUACCCCAGGACAGCACCACCCCCCACUCCGGCCGGAGCACGCCGAGCAGCUCCCCAUCUCUCCGCAAGCGGCUGCAGCUCUUGCCCUCGAGCCGGCCCCCGCCCGAGCCUGAGCCAGGCACCAUGGUGGAGAAGGGGUCAGAUAGCUCCUCGGAGAAGGGCGGCGUGCCUGGGACCCCCAGCACCCAGAGCCUGGGCAGCAGGAACUUCAUCCGCAACAGCAAGAAGAUGCAGAGCUGGUACAGUAUGCUGAGCCCCACAUACAAACAGCGGAACGAGGACUUCCGGAAACUGUUCAGCAAACUCCCCGAGGCUGAACGCCUCAUUGUGGAUUACUCCUGUGCCUUGCAGCGCGAGAUCCUCCUCCAGGGCCGCCUUUACCUCUCCGAGAACUGGAUCUGCUUCUACAGCAACAUCUUCCGCUGGGAAACGACAAUUUCUAUCCAGUUGAAGGAAGUGACGUGUCUGAAGAAGGAAAAGACGGCCAAGCUGAUCCCCAAUGCCAUCCAGAUCUGCACUGAGAGUGAGAAGCAUUUCUUCACCUCCUUUGGCGCCCGGGACCGCUGCUUCCUCCUCAUCUUCCGCCUCUGGCAGAAUGCGCUGCUUGAAAAGACGCUGAGUCCCCGCGAGCUCUGGCACCUGGUGCAUCAGUGCUACGGCUCGGAGCUGGGCCUCACCAGCGAGGAUGAGGACUACGUCUGCCCCUUGCAGCUGAAUGGUCUGGGGAACCCCAAGGAAGUGGGAGAUGUGAUCGCACUGAGUGACAUCACCCCCUCUGGGGCAGCUGACAACAGCCAGGAGCCGAGCCCGGUGGGUUCACGCCGUGGCCGCCUCACCCCCAACCUAUCCCGGGCCAGCAGCGAUGCAGACCACGGGGCAGAGGAGGACAAGGAGGAGCAGACAGACAGCCAGCCCGACGCCUCCUCCAGCCAGACGGUGACCCCGGUGGCUGAGCCCCCAAGCACAGAGCCCACCCCGCCUGAUGGGCCCACGUCCCUGGGCCCCCUGGACCUGCUGCGCAGUGAGGAACUGUUGACAGACACAAGUAACUCCUCCUCAUCCACAGGAGAGGAAGCUGACCUGGCCGCCCUGCUUCCUGACCUGUCUGGCCGUCUGCUCAUCAACUCCGUCUUCCACGUGGGUGCCGAGCGGCUCCAGCAGAUGCUCUUCUCAGACUCGCCCUUCCUGCAGGGCUUCCUGCAGCAGUGCAAGUUCACAGAUGUGACCUUGAGUCCCUGGAGCGGGGACAGCAAGUGCCACCAGCGGCGGGUGCUGACGUACACCAUUCCCAUCAGCAACCCGCUGGGCCCCAAGAGCGCCUCCGUGGUGGAGACACAGACGCUGUUCCGGCGGGGCCCGCAGGCAGGCGGGUGUGUGGUGGACUCCGAGGUGCUGACGCAGGGCAUCCCUUACCAGGACUACUUCUACACCGCCCACCGCUACUGCAUCCUGGGCCUUGCCCGGAACAAGGCCCGACUCCGAGUGUCCUCCGAGAUCCGCUACCGGAAACAGCCCUGGAGCCUCGUGAAGUCACUUAUCGAGAAGAACUCGUGGAGCGGCAUCGAAGAUUACUUCCACCACCUGGAGCGCGAGCUUGCCAAAGCUGAGAAGCUGUCCCUGGAGGAAGGCGGGAAGGAUGCCCGGGGACUGCUGUCGGGCCUGCGGAGGCGGAAGCGGCCCCUGAGCUGGCGGGGUCACGGUGACGGGCCCCAGCACCCGGACCCUGACCCCUGUGCCCGGGCUGCCAUGCACACCUCGGGCUCCCUCAGCUCGCGCUUCUCGGAACCGUCCGUGGACCAGGGCCCUGGGGCAGGCAUCCCCAGUGCCCUUGUUCUCAUCAGCAUUGUGAUCUGCGUGAGCCUCAUCGUCCUCAUCGCCCUCAACGUCCUCCUCUUCUACCGCCUCUGGUCUCUGGAGAGGACGGCCCAUACCUUUGAGUCCUGGCACAGUCUGGCCCUGGCCAAGGGGCCCUGCAUCCCCCGCAGCAAAUUCCCCCAGACGGCCACGGAGUGGGCGGAGAUCCUAGCCCUGCAGAAGCAGUUCCACAGCGUCGAGGUGCACAAGUGGAGGCAGAUCCUGAGGGCCUCCGUGGAGCUCCUGGACGAGAUGAAGUUCUCGCUGGAGAAGCUGCAUCAAGGCAUCACCGUCUCAGACCCGCCCUUCGACUCCCAGCCACGGCCCGACGACAGCUUCUCCUGAGGAUGCCCAGCCACGUGGCCAACCCCCCUAACGGACAGAUGGACACAGAGCCUCGGCGGCCACUGCUGGCACGGUGUGAGCGUCGGGAGCCUCCCGCCCGCCCCUCCCAGUGACCCACCAGGGGCCACACAGACAUGGGGACCACAGAACCGAGAUGCACUUUAGACCAGCGUGUGCGAGUCCAGCUGCCAUCGCCUGCCUAGCCAGGGAGCUGGCCUGGCCUUCGGCAGGCCCCCCGCUAACUUAUUUUGCCCAGCUGGGGUUGUGGGGGGGUGCCUCCGGGGUGCACGAUGCCCUCAGCUCUGGGUUUAAUGUAUUAUAUUUAUUUGGGGCUGACAUCCCCAAUAAAGCGUUGGAAAUGGC